AUGGCCCAGCAGCGCCGCAUCCAGCUCUCCGUCCAGCGUCCCACCAGCACUGUCUGCGUGCUGGGCACCGAGCUCUCCCUGGAUGUCUGCGGAUCUGCACCCAAAGACGCCGUCGCCUUCCACGUGCAGGGGACGCCGGGCGUGAAGCUCUACGUGGUGCACGAGACGCAGAGCGUCAAGUUGCCCUCCAGCGUGUGUCGCUGGCCCCUGGCCGCCGGCACCGAGGUGCUGCUGGCCAUGGAUGCUCUCAGCAAGGACGUGGGCGAUGAAAAGGUCAGGAUUUCUUAUUUCAGGGAGGCCGGCGGGGUGCCCGUGGGCAGAGCCAUGCUGUACCUCACCUGCGUGGCCCUGUUUUGCCCCCCCCCCCCCCUCCAUGCAACAGGUACGUGGGGUCCUGAUGGGCACGGGGCCAUCCUGCUGGUGAACUGCGACCGUGACGACCCCAAAGCCAAGAUGCCGGAUAACCACGACACCGCUGUCCGCUCCUAUGCCGACCUGAAGGACAUGUCACAGAUGGUGCUGCGGACCCGAGGUCCCCGCACCAUCUUCGCCGGCCACCGCCUCCUCCUGCACGUGGACUUUGGCAACGCCGAUAAAGUCGGUGUUUUCUACGGUGGCAACAGCGUCGCGCUGGAGGAGUACAAACACGUGCUGGGGGGCUCGAAGCUCGCCUACACCGUCAAACCCGGCCGGCAUCAGGAGGAGAGCGUCUUUUACGUGGAGGGGCUCGCCUUCCCCGACGUCGGCUUUUCGGGGCUGGUGGCUUUCCACGUCACGCUGCUGGAGAGCCCCGAGAAGGGUUUGCUGGAGACGCCGAUUUUCACCGACACGGUGGUUUUCCGCGUGGCUCCAUGGAUCAUGACCCCCAACACGGCAGCACCACUGGAGGUUUUCGUCUGCAGCAUGGACAACAACGAGGAUUUCGUGAACCGCCAGGACCGCUGGAUCCAGGACGAGGUCGAAUUCGGCUACGUGCAAGCCCCCCACAAGACCUUCCCCGUCGUCUUUGACUCGCCCCGCGACCGGGGGCUGAAGAAUUUCCCUGUCAAGAGCAUCCUGGGUCCCGAUUUUGGUUACGUGGCCCGGCAAGCGCCGGAGGGUGCUUCCAGCCUCGAUUCCUUCGGUAAUUUGGAGGUGAGCCCCCCCGUGACGGUGCAGGGCAAGGAGUACCCCUUGGGCCGCAUCCUGAUCGGCAGCAGCUUCCCCAGGUGAGAUGCAGAAUGAAGGGAUCAAAGCAUUGGGGAAAAAAAAAGAAAAAAAAAAGUGCAGGCGCCGGUGGAGCUCUAUUCUGACUGGCUCCAGGUCGGCCACGUAGAUGAAUUUCUCAGCUUCGUCCCCGCACCUGAUCGGAAGGGCUUUCGGUUGCUCCUGGCCAGCCCCAGCAUCUGCUACCAGCUCCUCAAGGAGAAGCAAGAGGAGGGGUUCGGCGAGGCGGUGAUGUUUGAAGGGCUGGAGCAGGUGCCCAAACCGACGAUAAACGAGAUUCUGGCUAACGAAGGCCUCCGGAAAUUCAAUAAUUACGUCCAG